UUGAGUUUAAAGUUUAAAAUACGAGGUUUUAAGUUUGGUAUUUGGAGUGUGGAGGUUGGAGUUGCAGUUGGGAGGGCGGACAGAAGCAUUGGGCUGUUCUUUCUGAACUUCCUGGAAGAGUCACGCCUCCAGGAACUACAGAAGGUAGUUCUCGGUCUCCGGUGCGGUCGCUCGUGCUGCUCUGAAAAAUGGCCAAGACCAUGUUCGACCUGCUGGAAGGAGCUCUGGAGGACCUGGGCGCGGAGAAGUUUAAGAAGUUCAUCAGUAAGAUGACGGACCCCGGGCUCGAGACGCGCGUGGCAAAGGGCGCCGUGGAGGAGAAGGACUGCGGGGACAUCGCGAACCUCCUGAUAGAGCACUUCACCGAGAGUCGCGCGCUGGAGAUCACUCUGCAGAUAAUGAGGAACAUCAAAGCGAAUCAGACCGCGGAGAAUCUAGAAAAAGAUGCUGCAGCUCAUGGAUUCUUGCCGUCUGCUGGAUCAGUUUCUCCUGUCCUGUUUACAGACUGUCCUGACCCCCAGGCUCCGGUACAGAAUGUACCCCCUCCACAGGGGCCAGCAGUGACCACCGGGGCAUCAGCCGCCGGUUACGUCAUGCCCAAAACCUCAGGCACGCUGAUUCCCAGCAGCCCCAAGUUCAAACAGGACAUCAUCUCCAAGAAAGGGCAGGAGAUUUACCCAGUUCUAGAUAAAGGUGUGAGGAAGCGUUUGGCUCUGAUGAUCAAUAACGUGGAGUUUGACUCUGGGGACAAGAGGUUUGGAGCUGAGAUAGACGAGAAGAACAUGGAGAAGCUGCUGAAAGCUCUGGGCUACGACGUCGUCAAAUACAACGACCUCUCCGCCACGGAAAUGGAUGAGGCGAUAAGGAGCUUUGCUGGACGUAGUGAGCACGCUGAAUCAGACAGCACCUUCGUGGUUAUAAUGUCUCACGGUGAGAGAGACAAACUUUUUGGUAUCGGACAACAGAACCCUAACGACUUCCUUCAUGUGGACAAAAUCUUCAAACACCUGAACACGGCGAACUGCCCGGCUCUGCUCCACAAACCAAAGGUCAUCCUGAUUCAGGCCUGCAGAGGAGGUGAUAACGGGAAACUCUGGGUGGCGCUCUCGGUCACAGUGGGGAUGUACUCACUUGACAGUGAUGCUUCGGAACAUAAAGAGAAGGAUUUCGUGACACUGUUCUUGUGCACACCUGACAACGUAUCGUACAGGAAUGAAAAAUACGGAUCGUACCUCAUUGGUUUCCUGGUGGAGGUGUUCAAUGAAAACGCUCAUAAGGAGCACAUCGAGGAACUGUUCCGACUGGUGAUGAGGCGGUUUGAGAAUUUCAUGCGCAUUACGCAGAUGCCGUCUAAAGAGCGGGUUUCUCUCCCCAAGUUAUUCUACCUUUUCCCGGGACUCUGAGAGAACCAAUCAACCGACACCAGCCUGCUCAUCAUUCUGCUCUACUCACAUCUUUAACCUGUUAUAGAAUAAUCAUAUUCCAUACUUUAUGAAUAGAAUUUGCAUUCUUAUUCAAUUAUUUUCUUUCUUUCUUUCUUUCUUUAAUUCAUUUUCUACAUCGCAGAUUAAAGGUGUCCUUCUGCUAAAA